CACACGGUUGCCACCAUUCGCCCCUCUCUUGCCACAGCAGUUCUCCCGUCCAGGCCCCGCUCCAACCAGGCGUCAGGCAUGGCGCCCCAGGGGCGGGAUCACCUGGCCACACGGGAGUCUGCAGCUCGUAGACGAAGCCCCAACGUGCGCCACACACUCAGCCCAGAGAACCUUCGGAGUUUGGCUGAGCGUGGUGGAGUCGAUCAGGCUGGAGUAGGACUCCUCAGGGCCAACAGCGAUACAGACCUUGUCAGUUCUCAAGGGCGCUCCUCACUUACAGCAUCGACUUUAGAAUUUACCAUGAGCCGGGGACAGAACUUAGUCAUCUCAUGGGAUAUCAAGGAAGAGGUGGAUGCUACAGAUUGGAUUGGGCUUUACCAUAUAGAUGAGACCAAUCCAUCAAAUAUGUGGGACUGCAAGAACCGUGGAGUUAAUGGUACACAGUGUGGUCAUAUUGUCUGGAGGCUGGAGGCAGGACCAUACUUCCUGGAAGCUGAGACAAGGAUCUGUUUCAAAUACUAUCAUGGAGUAAGCGGUGCACUGAGAGCCACAACUCCCUGUAUCGCAGUCAAGAACCCCAGAGCCUUGGCUGAAGGUCAAGGUGAGGGACAACAAGCUUCAGACAGCAGUCGAAAACUGGUCAGUUUUACCCUAUCAGAUAUCCAUGCUGUGGGGCUGAAGAAGGGGAUGUUUUUUAACCCAGACCCUUAUCUGAAGAUAAGCAUUCAUCCAGGCAAGAGAAGUUGCUUUCCGACCUUUUCCCAUCAUGGCCAAGAGCGACGAUCUGGCAUUACAACUAACACUACUAACCCUGUGUGGCAUGGAGAGAAACACACUUUUGUGGCUCUUAUGACAGAUGUCUUAGUGAUUGAGGUCAAGGACAAGUUUGCUAAAAGUCGACCAAUUAUUAAGCGCUUUCUGGGUCAGCUGAAUAUCCCAGUGCAAAUGAUUCUGGAGAAGCACGCUUCAGGAAACCAGUCUCUGAGCUUCUCUCUAUGUCGACGUUUGCCCACUGAUCGUGUGAGUGGUCAAAUGCACUUUAAAGUGGAUGUCACACUGAUGGGCCAAGAUGAUGUUUCCCCUGAGACAAUACUAGGGGCAGCAGCCCUCAAUGGAGCUCCUGGAACCCCUUCGGAUGAUGAAGAGCUGCCCCACCCUCUCCCUGUCUCUUCAGCGGGCCCUUCCCCCACAGGCUCCCAGGGUUCCCACAGAAAUGGCGAAAUGAGUAGCAUGCCCUCCCCAGACACAGAGAUCUAUGGUGCCACUCUGGACGACGAGGCCCCUUCUUCCCCUGACCUGCUUCAAGGUUCCUUCAUUGAGCAGCUUGAAACCAUUGAGGCCCCUAGGGGCCCGGGAGAGAGGCCUCUUGGGGCAGCUUCUCCCAAAUUGCACUCCAGCUUUCCCACUCACACACGCCUUAGUGCUAUGCUGCACAUCGACUCAGAUGAAGAUGAUGAAAGGUCAGCUGCUUCAGAGGCCACACUUCCAACGUUUAAUGGGACCCCAAAAACUCAACAAAUACCCCCAAAACCUUGUGGGGAAAUUAAAGAAUCAGUGUUUGAAGGAACUGUAAAGGAACCUCCUGUAGAGGCUGGGCUGGAGUCUGAAAUGGAGACUAAGGUGGCACUAGAGCCAGAGGUGAUGCCAAAUUCAGUGGCCCCUGAGGUGGAAACCGCCAGCCUGCUGGAGAGGCAAGAGGAUCCACAGGAAGUGGAAGUAGAGGAGGAGGAAAAGGGGCUGGAACACAGUGAGGAGCUGGCAACUGAAGUUGAUAUCUCCUCAAUGGCAUCUGACAGCUGCCUGGUCCCUUUGUCCGCCUCUCAGGAGGCAGAACAGGGGGCAGAGGCAGCCAUUGACCCAGGAGGAGGAGAUCUUUCAGAUGACACACCAACAACUUAUGAGGUAGCAGAGACUGGUGAGGAAUCUCCUCCAGCCAAUGAGCUAGAGGGGGAUGUGCCACAUCCAGAACCAUCAGACAAUGAGGUAGAGGAAUGUGAAGAAGUGACUGAGGACACAAUGUCCAGGAGGUGGAGCCUGGAAGCAACAGCCGGUGUUUCACAGGAGGACGAGGAAGAGGAGGAGUUAAUGCAAUCAGGGGAUGGAGAAUCUGUGGAUUCUGAAACCUUUGUUACAGAGACAGACACAGAAUCAGGUAUCCCUCAGAUAAAUGGAGAUCAAUGCGUUUCCUCUCUGCCAUCUGUAAGACAAGACAUUCACCGAUACCAGCGUGUGGAAGAGCCCUUACCUCCCAACUGGGAGGCUCGUAUCGACAGUCAUGGCCGUAUCUUCUUUGUGGAUCAUGUGAACCGCACAACCACAUGGCAGAGACCCACUGGCCCACCCACCCCUCAAGGUCUGACGCGCUCCAGCUCCAUACUGCAGAUGGAACAGCUCAACCGCAGGUAUCAGAAUAUUCAAAGGACGAUGACCAGUGAGAGGUCUGAGGAGCAGAGAGUGGGCAAUCCCCCUCCUGAAGAGACUGACUUGCUGCCUCACUCUAUCUGUGAAUAUCGUAGGGAUGGCUUGAAGGGUCAAGUCAGCUCACGUUCUCAUCUGGCUUUGCUGCUUCAGUCUCCUGGUGCAAAGCUCCUCUCCAGUCCCGACUUCUUCUCUGUUCUGCAUUCUAAUCCUAGUGCCUAUCACAUGUUCACAAAUAACACCUGUCUGAAGCACAUGAUCAGUAAAGUUCGGCGGGACGCACAGCACUUUGAGCAUUACCAGCACAACCGAGACCUCGUCAACUUUCUAAAUCUGUUCUCCAACAAGCAGCUGGAGCUGCCACGGGGCUGGGAGAUGAAACAUGACCACACUGGCAAGCCUUUCUUCGUGGAUCAUAACUGUCGUGCCACAACAUUUAUUGAACCGCGAUUGCCCUUACAGAACUCUCGGUCCAGUGGCCUGCUAGUCCACCGACAGCACCUCUCCCGCCAGCGUAGUCACAGUGUAGGAGAGGUAGCAGAUGACUCCCGCUCUCCAAGUCCAAUUGUCCUGGGCCGGUCAAGAAACAGUCAGUACCAGGACUUGGUGCCUGUUGCCUAUAAUGAGAAGAUUGUCGCCUUUCUCCGACAACCCAAAAUUUUUGAGAUUCUAAAAGAGAGACAGCCAGAGCUCGUGAGAAACCACUCCCUUAGGGAGAAGGUUCAAUUAAUCCGCAAUGAGGGGCCAUCUGGGUUAACCCGUCUGUCUAGUGAUGCAGACCUUGUUAUGUUACUUAGCCUGUUUGAAGAGGAAGUGAUGUCGUAUGUGCCACCCAAUGCCUUACUGCUCUCCAGCUAUUGUCAUCCCUCCCCACAGAGCUCCCCUGGUACAUCUCGAGCAAAUGCCAGAGCCCCUGCGCCCUACAAGCGAGAUUUUGAGGCCAAACUAAGAAACUUUUACCGCAAAUUGGAGAACAAGGGCUACGGGCAGGGGCCAGGAAAAGUGAAGUUGAUAAUUAGAAGAGAUCACCUGCUGGAGGAUGCUUUCAACCAGAUCAUGUGCUUUUCUCGCAAAGACCUCCAGAGAAGCAAGCUUUACAUCAGAUUUGUGGGAGAAGAGGGAUUGGACUAUAGUGGCCCAUCCAGAGAAUUCUUCUUCCUGGUUUCCCGUGAGCUCUAUAAUCCAUACUAUGGACUAUUUGAAUACUCAGCUAAUGACACUUACACUGUGCAGAUCAGCCCAAUGUCAGCAUUUGUGGACAACCAUCAUGAGUGGUUCCGGUUCAGUGGACGCAUUCUGGGUCUUGCUCUAAUUCAUCAGUACUUGUUGGAUGCAUUCUUCACACGACCCUUCUACAAAGGCCUUCUUCGCAUCCCAUGUGAUCUGAGUGAUCUGGAAUUUCUGGAUGAGGAAUUCCAUCAGAGUCUGCAGUGGAUGAAGGACAAUGACAUUGAGGAUAUGCUGGAUCUCACAUUUACUGUUAAUGAGGAGGUGUUUGGACAGAUCACUGAGCGUGAGCUAAAGCCGGGUGGAUCUGGCAUCCCUGUGUCUGACAAGAACAAGAAAGAGUACAUUGAAGGCAUGGUGAAAUGGAGGAUUGAGAGGGGUGUGGCCCAGCAGACAGAGAGUCUUGUGCGGGGAUUCUAUGAGGUGGUGGAUGUCCGACUCGUCUCAGUGUUUGAUGCCCGUGAGCUGGAGCUGGUCAUUGCUGGAACAGCAGAGAUUGACCUGUCAGACUGGAGAAACAAUACAGAAUACAGAGGAGGUUACCAUGACAACCACAUAGUGAUUAGAUGGUUCUGGGCUGCAGUGGAGCAUUUCAGUAAUGAACAGAGACUACGACUUCUUCAGUUUGUUACUGGCACUUCCAGCAUUCCCUAUGAGGGCUUUGCCUCUCUGCGGGGCAGUAAUGGCCCACGUCGAUUCUGCAUGGAGAAAUGGGGCAAAGUCACCUCCCUACCACGGGCUCACACCUGCUUUAACCGCCUGGAUCUGCCUCCUUAUUCCUCCUUCUCCAUGCUCUACGAGAAGAUGCUCACUGCUGUGGAAGAAACCAGCACCUUUGGUCUGGAGUGAGCUCCCAAUGCCACCAUCACAAAAGUGCUAUCAAAAAUGUUCAAGUUCACUACAACUUGGCUCACCUUGCAGUACUUUUACUCCACUAUGGCCUUCUUUACUGGAGACUUACAUCAUAGUUAUGUCCAGAGUCUGCGGAUCUGGAAUAUAUGCCAUCAAAUGACUUGCUGCACUCAAGUGCCAAUUUCUGGUCUAUACUGUACUGAACGCCGACUGUGACUUCUUUUUUGUCCUCACAAAGAAAACAUGCACACUUACAUAUUCAGAGACAUCAGAGCUGGAGUCCUGGUCAUCUGAUUUCGGUCUUAGCUAUUGGACUGGUUAAGGUCAGUACAUUUUGGUCUGGGUUGAAGGAUUCUGUGGUCUUUUCCUAUAGUUCCAGAUAGCGCCACGUUCCUUAAAGUCCAAAGAUGUUUCUUUACAGUAAUCUAGUCACUUUGAUGUAGCCCGUUCUAUGUCUAUAGGGUUUAAAAUGACAACCCUAUGAUGUUUUUUUUUUUCUGCAGUUCUUUGUCAUGGUCAGCUGAUUUCAGUCAAGAAGUACUGUUUAUUUUGUUGCUCUUGUUUUGGUAUCUUGACUGCUAGAAAUUAUUUCUGGUUGAGGUCUUCAUUUUGAAGGAUCAGUCUAUGGAGCUAGACUAAUGAUUAUUAUUGACUAAUCUAUUUCAUUGACUAAUUAUUGACUAUCUAUUUCAAUCAGAAUUUUGUUCAUUUAAAUAGAGCUGUUCAGCCGUGACGUCAGUUUGAAGGCAACCCAGAAGUCUAAUUCUCCAUGGGUUCCCUCUGCAUUUUCCUAUUGGUUUUUAUAAUGGGGUUUUUCAAUUUAUGAGUAAAAUAAGGUCUGUGGUAAACAUGACUUGAUGAUAUAUGGACGUUUUUUCUAUAACAUAAAUUGCACACUUUCAUACCUCAAACGUAAAUUUUGAAGCUGCCGUGUGUUUAAAAAAAAAGGUAUACAAGUCAAUAAGCUUCAAAAUUCACGUUUGAAGUAUGACUGUGUAAGUAAUGUUUACCACAGACCUUAUUUUCCUCAUAAGUUGAAAAAAACCCAUAGGAAAAUCCAGAGGGAACCCAUGGAGAAUUCUCUUCUGGGACUACAACCUGAACAGCCCUAUUCUUGACAUGUUACAUUUAACAAAAUAUAAAAUGUUUGUGCUGUAGUUUAUAAAUUUGUAUUUUUUAACAAGAUUUUUUAUUUUUUUUAAAGGUGGAAUUAGCUGUAAAUAUAUUUAGUUUCAAAUUUUCAGAUUAAAAAGAAAUUCAGAACUUCAAAUACAAAUUUUUAAAAUUCAGAUUUCAGAAAUUCAGAUUGUAAACAAAUUAGGCCAAAGGUCAAGCUUCCGUGAAUAUUUACAGCUAAUUCCAUCUCUAAAAAAAUUUCUAAACAAAAUAUAUGCUGUUUAAAAAUACAAAUUUAUAAAUAUUUUAAAAACAUCACAAAUAUUUUCAAUUUUGUUAAAUUUUGUAUUGCUCUUGGCUGCAGCUCUGAAAACACAAUAAGCUGAUUUCCCCCAUCUAACUAGAGAAUAAAACACAUAAUAACACAAAAGAGCAUGAAAACCCUCUUCUAGAGUUCCAUGCACCAAAUGUAGUGAUGGCAGCAUAGUGGUUACAAGUCUGGGUUGGUAAACUAAUGGUUCUGGGUUCAAACCCUGGAAAGUGUGAACCAUGAAAUAGAGAGCUGCAAGUAUCUCUAUUGUGCUCAUGAGAAAGGCACUUGUCCUCAGAGUGUCUGUAAUUUUAUUUGGUCGGAUAACACUUUGAUGUCUGUUAAACAACAAAUAACUUUCAAACACUCAGUACUGUGUAACACAUUUUUAAUCCACUUCUCAACCUGCUCCUCUAAGGCACCCCACAAAUAUUACUUAAAAAAAACAACUAUGAAUGUAUAAACACUGAUCACCAUGUGCAAUAUGUGUAAAGUAUUUUUGGAUAUUUUUCAUUUAGGAGGGGUCGACAUUUGUUCUGUGAUUUAAUCAUAGGAAGACCUGCAGAUUGUUCCAAACUGUGGUAACAGAGACACAAACAGUGGCCUUGAAAUUAAUUUUAUUAAACGGGGUAUUGUAAAUAGCCUAUGGUAAUAUGUGCAGUCCACUGGAGUUGCUUAAAUCAGGGCUAUAGAAGUUAAAACCAGUUCUGACUGGCUGGUAAACAAGUUAGUUUCUCCUACUAUGGAAAAUAAAGGAAGGUAAAAGAAAAAAAAAGAAAAAUAAAGCAAAAUCAUGAUGCUGGGAAUCCCCUUCAAAACUGUUGUAGCCUGUUUAGGGAGCAUCAAGGCAAGCUGUGACACCCUUGCACAAGUGGUGUGAGGUGUUUUGGAAAUAUCUGUUGAUUACAUAACAAUGAAAUAAAUCUUUGAGCAGGAUGUUUCCUUUAAAGGGAUAGUUCACUCAAAAAUGAAAAUUCUCUCAUCAUUUACUCACC